GGACGGGAUAUGUACGUGUAAUGUGCGAAGGAUAUUACGCUUUCAAGUGAAAUUAAAAAGUCGGAAACAAUGUGUUUGCUGUGAGAAAAAUGUCGUCAAAUCUCAUGUCCCGUUUUGUACUGUUGUCUUCCGUUGGAAUCGGAAGCUACUACCUCGGGUCGUUUGUGGAGCGGCGUAAAAUUCAGGACAAAACUGUUUGUGGAAAUGAAGAUUACGUAAACCAAAAUAACCCAGAUCUGCUCAGUCGGAUAAAAUCUAUGCCGGGUUUACCUAUAUUUGGGUCAAUAUCGGCUGCCUCUCCCAUUCCCAAUGAAAAUAAAAGUCUCACACCAUCCGGUACCAGUCGGAUAGGACAAAUCAUGAAAUACGGAUUUCCUGGACUGGACAAUGUUCGCUCCUACGACGAUUUUGUGCUGUCCUAUGACCGUCGAACCAGGGUGGCCCAUUGGGUAUUCGAGCACCUAACGGCGGAGAACGUUCGCCGGAAUGAGGCCGUCGAUCGUGCGAAGAGCGACUUCAAAGCAGAUGAAAGCAUUCACCCGUUUUUCCGAUCUCUUAAUUCUGAUUACAAGGGAUCCGGAUUUGAUCGGGGUCACAUGGCUGCCGCAGGGAACCAUCGGUCCGAGCAGAAGCACUGUGAUCAAACUUUCUACCUUACCAAUAUGGCACCGCAGGUCGGUGUCGGCUUCAACCGGGACAAAUGGAACCAUUUGGAGAGCUAUAUCCGAAAGCUCACCAAAACGUACCCGAACGUAUACUGUUGCACUGGUCCGCUGUAUCUGCCACGGAAGGAAGCCGAUGGUAAGCUUUACGUGCGCUAUCAGGUAAUCGGGGCCAACAACGUGGCGGUUCCGACGCAUUUCUAUAAGGUGGUCGUCCUGGAGACGGCCGAUCGGAAGCUUGAAAUGGAAGCUUACGUACUGCCAAAUCAGAAAAUAGACGACGACACACCGCUGAACAUGUUUCUGGUGCCACCGGAAACUAUAGAACGAGCGGCUGGGUUGUUGUUUUUUGACAAAAUCGCGCGGAAUCAGUUGACCAAAAUAAACGGUAAGAAAGUGUAGUUAGCUGUUAUGUCCUAAAUGAAUUUUAUUGAAUUACGAAUAAAAUUUUAGACCGAUUUGAAAUAA